UGGAGGAACACUUUGCUGCUCGCUGAUUGGACGGUCUUUCCAGGGGGCGGGGAUUUGCCGAGUUCUUCACCAAUCACGGCGAAGACGCGAGAUGCAUUGUGGGUCUCCAACUGAAUGCGAGAGCUUCAAGUCUUGUAUCAGAAGCAGACGUUAAAGCAUAUGAUCGUGCCGUGCUGAUGGAGGUUUUUCUCGGAUUUAAUCUCAUGGUGAAGAAAAGAUAGCAGCAGCAACAAUGGAGGCCUCUGCAGCAGAAGCUUCAGGCCAGAGUGAAAGAACAGGGAGCAGGACACAAUCUGAUCGAAGGCAAGAUGGACCAACAAAGCCGUCUUUGAAAAGGGCCGCAAACAUGAAAACGAAGAAGAAGAAGAAGAAAAGGCCGCGACUCUCCACAACUAACCCGCUUGGCUACACCGUACACCAAGGGGAAGAUAUGCUUUUUCUUAUAUCGAGCUCCGCUUCUCACAGUGGAGAUUCUGUCUGGAUUCCCAAUACGAAGAGAAGCAAGAAGAAGAAGGUAGUUAAAGGAAAGUUAAAAGCUAGAGCGAAGCCUAAGCGCAAAAUUCAACCAGUCAUAAAGGAGGAAAAGGACACAAAUACGAUUGUGCCGAAGAAGGACCCCAGGUGGGGGCAAAGUCUGCCUGAGGAGGUGCUUAUUAAUAUUUUUAAGAUGGUGGUCGUCCAAGAUGGUGCUGUACCGUUUCUAUGCAGGGUCGGGAGAGUUUGUCGUCUGUGGAACGCUGCUGCCUCCAGCCCCGUCCUGUGGCGUAAGGUGACAAUAGGUCACUGCUGGAUCGCACCGGGAAAGAGCCAGCUGCCUAAAACUGAGAAGAAGAUAACGGACACUUUAAACUGGCUGGCACAGAACAGAUUCUCCCAGUUGCGAGACUUUUCUCUCUGUCACUGGAAAAAGAAUGUGGACUAUGCGUUAGAGGUUGUUUCACAGUUCAGCCCUCACCUUGGCUCCAUCAAGCUUUCUUUCUGCUCAGGCCUGACUACGAAGGCCUUCCAGAGCCUCGGUCAACACAGCCGGUCUCUGAACAGCAUAAACCUCCAGGAGUCAGAGUUUCAGGUCGAAGGAUUCCUCGAGUACCUCGAAAAUCACGGAAGCCAAAUGAAGCAAUUAUUGUUCACUCGUGGAGUAAAGAACAACAGAAUUCUGACUACUGUCUCUAAGGGACACUGUCCUGAUUUGGAGUUGUUGGAGGUCAACAACAAGCUUGACAGUAAACAAUGUGAGCUCCCACUUUGUCUCCAGGCACUACAGAGGGCAUGUCCUAAGCUCAAGACCUUUCGGAUGCUGAACGUCACACCGAUGCAUAAGACAAAAAGUAACGCUGCUGAUUCAACACCAGGCUUCCCUUUACUGGAGGAGCUCUGCAUCGCGUCUACGUCUUAUUCCUACAUGACCGACAAAGAUUUGUGGGACAUUCUCUUUGACUCCACCAGACUGCGGGUACUCGACCUGCGAGGCUGUUCGAGAAUUACGCCAUCUGGUCUUGCAGCAUUACCCUGUACUGAGCUUGAGUGUUUGUUCUGGGCACAGUAUUUCAGUAGCCAUGUUGGGAUGCCAUCACUUAAGACUGGACUUCACAUGGUGACCCAAAAGUGGAGCCGGACGUUGCAACAGCUUGACAUUGCAAAUCAGGUCUUCUCUGAGGAGGACAUGGAGAUGGCGAUGAGUUGCCUUGCUCAGGCAGCUGAGGCAGACAUGCUGCGUUCACUCAACCUCAGUGGGACCAGGAUAACGCCACGUGCACUGAGGCCAGUCAUCGAGCAAAUGACUGCUCUAGACUACCUCAACCUUUCCUCCUGCCGCUAUCUCCCAAGAGGAAUGAAGACAAUUUAUCGUGGCCAGAAAGAAAUUCGCCAGCUGCUGGACAAACUGGAAUAGUUCAUGUCACCUUUAGGUUCCAUGAAUUACUCAAGUAAAAUGUUUGAACCAAACAUUAAUAGGGUAUUUGGGGUAUUUUACCCUCAAGUAAAUUUGUUAAUGUUUUAAAUGUAUAUAGUCUCUGGGGAAAAAAUGACAAAUCUUGCUUGAAAAGAGUGAGAGAAAUGGGUGCUAAUGUAUUAAUGUCAUUUAAGGGUCUGCCUUUAUUUUGCAGCAUCCAUCUUACAUUUAACUUUGUAUAGUAGGAUUUCUUUCAUAUAACUUUGUCUGUUUUUCUACAUCUGUUUUUAUAACUAUCCCUUUCUGAUUUUUUUUUUUUUUUUUACAGCUACAACAAUAGAAAAUAAAUGUUCAGCAUGUCACUAUAAAGAGUGUGUUUGUCUUUCUUUCCACUAGAGAGUGCUGUAGUCAUGCUGAAGUUACAGAAUGGCUUAGUUUACAAAUGCUGACUCAGUCUUGUUGACACGUAAGUUGUUGUUACUUUACUGUUAUCAACAUUUUCAAACCAUAAUAUGUGCACAAGAUAAUAUGCAUAAAGACAUUCAAAGAGGUUGGAAAAAAGUCACAAGUUACAGUGUUUGUCUCACCAGCUUUAUUUACCCACAUGAUAGAAUAACACACGAACAGCAAAAAACAACUGAUUUCUAUGAGGGCUGUCUUUAACUAUUAAGAAUACAACAAAAAGCUUUAUUGCAAAGCAUAACUACCCAGGCUCUAUAGGCAUGUUAAGUAUAGGUGAACUAUCUCUUGAUACAUCUGUGUAAAAGAAGUUAUAUGUAACCAA